CGUCGUCAGGAGAGGUUUGACUUUUGACUAGAUAGGAAGGACAGUAAGGAUCUCGAACUUGUAUGAGAGUUAAAUUAUAAAUAUGAAAGAGCAAGUAAAGGAUGGACAACUUUUAAACAUAUUAUGUCUGUUUGUUAUGGUCGGACUCAGGGUUGAAGCUGUCGACUUCAAAGAUCAGGGGUACCAUCUUUUCGUGGCAAUCAACAAAGAUGUUCCUGAAAACAUUGGAAUAAUUUCAGAACUGCAGAGUAUGCUGACCUCUGCCUCUGACUACCUGUAUACAGCAACCCGGAAAUACACCUACAUAAGACGUGUGACCAUCUUAGUGCCUGCCACGUGGACCAGAGAUCCAGCUUGGGAGCUGGAAGGGGAGAUGAUCUUCACUCGAGCUGAUAUCAGAGUAGACGAGCCUCACCCUGCAAUGGGCAAUAGUCCCUAUGUGUUUCAACCGGGACAAUGUGGUGACCCAGGCCGCUAUAUCCACCUGACGUCGGACUUUGUCCUGGAUAACCAGAUCGACCGUCAGAUUAAUUAUGGAGAUGCAGGUCGUGUACUGGUUCAUGAGUUUGCUCAUCUGCGAUAUGGAGUGUUUGGCGAAUAUGGCGUCCGUGACAGCCUGCAGCAUCCAGUAUAUUAUAUAGACGACAAUUCAACCAUACUUCGUCCAACUGCCUGUUCUGCUGAGGUUGUUGGGGUCUUCCAUGAUGUUGUCAAUGGUGGGGACUGUGCAACUGGUGACACGUCCACCCCUUUGAAUGAGAACUGUAUCUUCCUCCCAAGCACUACUGACAACGUUGCCACGGCAUCUGUAAUGUAUGCCCAGUUUUUACAAGAGGUCACCGAGUUUUGUGAAUCCAACCCACAAGACAAGAAGCGAAAACAUAAUGCUGAUGCCCCUAACAGACAAAACAAAAUGUGCAACAAAAGAGGCACAUGGGACGUCAUACGGGAACAUCUGGACAUUAGGGGACAUUAACCUGUUGGCACUGAAGACCGAACACCACAGUUUCAGAUAAGAUACAGCCAAGCCAAAACAUUUGCUGGAACAAGAAGGUGUGGACGAAGAACUGUGCUUGUUCUCGACCUCUCGGGUUCCAUGGAAUCGG